AUGAGCAUCACGGACGUGCUCAGCGCUGACGACAUCGCAGCUGCCCUGCAGGAAUGCCAAGACCCAGAUACUUUUGAACCCCAAAAAUUCUUCCAGACAUCAGGCCUCUCCAAGAUGUCGGCCAGUCAGGUGAAGGACGUCUUCCGGUUCUUAGACAAUGACCAGAGCGGAUACCUGGAUGAAGACGAGCUUAAGUUUUUCCUCCAGAAGUUCGAGAGUGGUGCUAGAGAACUGACCGAGUCAGAGACCAAGUCCCUGAUGGCCGCUGCAGACAAUGAUGGAGAUGGAAAAAUCGGGGCUGACGAAUUCCAGGAAAUGGUGCACUCUUAG